GCGCAACGCUCUCGGUUCAGGAAAAAUAUCAAAUCUUUCUUUCAAUGUUGCGUCAUCCACAUGUUCUGUUUGAAGUGAAAUAAGACGUUAAAUAAUUUGUUAUUUAGGAUAUAUAAAAAUAACUUAAAAAUGUUGACCGCUACGCGGGUGAUGGGCCGAAAGGCCUUCCAGUGCUCCGGAUUAACUUCAGACUUGACGAAUAAGAAUUUUUCCACAAUUCUCAAAAAUGUUGCAUCACCCACAGUUCCUAUUUACCAACGCCAUGCGGUCCAGUACAGGCACAAGUCAGAGGGUGUUCGAGGGGCAGUCAUUGGUAUUGAUCUUGGCACUACGAACUCAUGUGUUGCAGUUAUGGAGGGGAAGACACCCAAGGUCGUGGAGAACAGUGAAGGUUCCAGAACAACUCCAUCGCAUGUUGCGUUUUCCAAAGAGGGGGAACGAUUGGUUGGUAUGCCCGCUAAAAGACAAGCUGUAACCAACAGUGGUAACACAUUCUAUGCAACAAAAAGACUGAUUGGAAGACGCUUUGAUGACCCUGAAGUACAGAAGGAUAUGAAGAAUCUCUCUUACAAAGUAGUUAGGGCUUCAAAUGGUGAUGCUUGGGUUCAAGGUAGUGAUGGUAAAGUGUAUUCACCGAGUCAGAUUGGUGCAUUCGUGCUAAUGAAGAUGAAGGAAACAGCGGAGGCCUAUCUGAACACAUCGGUGAAGAAUGCAGUGGUAACAGUUCCCGCAUACUUCAAUGAUUCACAGCGACAAGCUACUAAAGAUGCUGGUCAAAUCUCUGGUUUGAAUGUGCUGCGUGUUAUCAACGAGCCGACAGCCGCCGCUCUGGCGUACGGCAUGGACAAAUCUGACGACAAGAUUAUUGCUGUAUACGAUUUGGGAGGUGGUACAUUCGAUAUCUCUGUCCUGGAGAUACAGAAAGGCGUGUUUGAAGUGAAAUCUACGAAUGGCGACACUUUACUCGGUGGUGAAGACUUUGACAAUGUUAUCGUCAACUUUUUAGUCGACGAAUUUAAACGUGACCAAGGUCUAGAUAUCCGUAAAGACGCGAUGGCGAUGCAGCGUCUGAAAGAAGCAGCGGAGAAGGCGAAGAUAGAGUUGUCCGGCUCCCUGCAGACCGACAUCAACCUGCCAUACCUCACUAUGGAUGCUUCCGGACCUAAACAUAUGAACCUAAAGAUGACGCGAUCAAAGUUGGAGUCUCUAGUUGGUGAUCUAAUAAAACGUACGGUGGCGCCGUGCCAGCGCGCGCUGCAGGAUGCUGAGGUCCAGCGCUCCGAUAUAGGGGAGGUGCUGCUCGUAGGAGGGAUGACCAGGAUGCCUAAGGUACAACAAACGGUGCAAGAUAUCUUCGGGCGCGCGCCCUCGCGUGCGGUGAACCCCGACGAGGCGGUGGCGGUGGGCGCGGCGGUGCAGGGCGGCGUGCUGGCCGGUGACGUCACGGACAUACUGCUGCUCGACGUGACGCCGCUCUCCCUCGGCAUUGAGACCCUCGGCGGAGUCUUCACCAAGCUCAUCACGAGGAACACCACUAUCCCCACCAAGAAGAGCCAAGUCUUCUCCACAGCUGCCGACGGCCAGACCCAAGUUGAGAUCAAGGUGCACCAAGGCGAGCGUGAGAUGGCCACCGACAACAAGCUGCUGGGCCAGUUCUCGCUGGUCGGCAUCCCGCCCGCGCCGCGCGGCGUGCCGCAGAUCGAAGUCACCUUCGAUAUCGACGCUAACGGCAUCGUGCACGUCUCCGCACGCGACAAGGGCACCGGCAAGGAGCAGCAGAUCGUGAUCCAAUCGUCCGGCGGUCUAUCGAAGGACGAGAUCGAGAACAUGGUGAAGGCGGCGGAGCAGUUCGCGGCGCAGGACCAGCAGCGCCGCGAGCGCGUGGAGGUGUGCAACCAGGCUGAGGGUGUGCUCCACGACACUGAGACCAAGAUGGAUGAGUACAAGGCUCAGCUGCCCCAGGAGGAGUGUGACAAGCUGCGCGAGGAGAUCAGCAAGCUGCGGGAGCUGCUCGCCAACAAGGAGUCUGUGGAGCCCGAGGCCAUCCGCAGCGCCACCGGACAGCUGCAGCAGGCCAGCCUCAAGCUCUUCGAGCAGGCGUACAAGAAGAUGGCUGCUGAACGUGAAGGCCAGCAGCAGCAGACCGAGCCCCAAGAAGACAAGAAAGAAGAGAAGAAGAACUAGGCACAAAACCAGAGGAAUACAGUUUGUAAAUAGUUUAUUUGUUAACUUGUAUGGUUGCCAUACAAAAUAUAUUAACUUUGAAGCACUGCACUACACAAGCUUUAAAGUAUGGAAUAAUUUAAUUUGAAUACGUUUUUUGCUUUCUGCUCUGCUCCUAAGAGACAAAGCGUGAUGCGAAAUAGUCUAUAACCUUCAGAAAUAGAUAUAUUAUCUGGUAAAAGUUUUGUUUUCUUGUGUUUAUUAAUUUUUGAGAUUAGCGCGAACAAACAGACUAUAAAUACUACGAUGUGGAGCGCUUUUUAUAUAUAUUGCAACCAUAAAAGUUUACAAAUUAGUUGAUACCAAAAUAACUAAGAGUUUUUGAUGUAUUGUGCGUUUAUUUCUCAUAGUAUUUUGUUGAUACAAAUUACAGGCGGGAAUGCGGCGCCAAAUGUCAACUGUCAAAUCUGACACAAGGGCAAAGACGCCGGCGUACAGCCACAACUGUCAGAUGUCACUGACGUUUUUAAUUUCUCUGUGACAACAUUUGUAUUAUGAUUAAAAUUUUAUGUUUUUUAGUAACCCUGUGAUUUUUAUUGCAGUAAGUUUUCCAGUGGUUUGAUAUGGCUUUUUUUAUAAUACAAGUCUUAGAAACUCGGAUGAUUUAAAUAUAUACGAUUAUUUUAAUUACCAGAAAAAAUGUAAUUACCUAUUGCGGUUAUAUUUAUGGUAUUUAAAAAGUCGAUACCAAAAAACUUAAUUUAUGGUCAACUGAAGUUGGUAACUGUUGUGUUUCUGGUAAUUUUAAAAUAAUUCUAUAUAGAAAUUGUAUAAAUUCCACACAUUUGAGUAUUGAUAUCCCGCAGGUUACGGUAGAUUAGUUGGAAAGUAUGUUAGAUGUAAUAUAUAUUUUUAAAUGAAUGUAUUUGUGACUCUGUGCGAUAAAAAAAACUUAAACAUUCUCAUUCUGACUAAAAACUAUAUAAUUGACUUAAAAUAUCUAAUAUUGACUAUAACUGGUUCUUUUACUUUAAUAAAUAUGAGAAAUUAUACUGUUUUCUGGCUUAAAACAGCAAAGAUAUUAUAAUGUAUAGACGAGGCAGUGAUUUUUUCACCGGUACCUUCUCUGAAAGGUACUAUAUCAGUUGUCAAGUAAAGUGACACCUUGUGUCUGUAUUGACAUGUUAUAAAACAUUUUACAACAAUUAUAAGCUCCAUCUUUUGUUAUUAAAUAAAAUAAACAGCUGUGAAAUAGAAUAUAAAUAUUAUUUAGUAACACUUAUUGGCAAUUUAUUCCAUUAAUUGUUAUCUCUAUGAAAAACAGUCAUUUUUGUAUCACGUAGGGUUGUAACGGAACUCCGCUUCCGCAUCCGCAAGUGCGGAAAUUCCGCAAGAAAUGAAAACUUCGCAUCCGAUUCUGCUUAUUUCUUAUGCGGAGUUAUAACGGAGGUUAAUUUACGUCUCGCGAGUGGGGCGAUUAGGUGUCGUUUAUGCCCACGCGGACUUGCUAGGUCAACUAACUAUAAUUGUUAUACAUUAUAUUUGCACAAUAAACUGUAUCUUGUCAUUGUGUACCAAUCUGUAUUUUGGUUUAACGUAGUUUUAGUUAUUCCUUUAAUAAAUCGCAAUUAAUAUUUUAUUGUUGACCUCCACUUAAGGUUCCGUUAACCUCCGCUACUGAAGAGUUGAAGCCCUUCGCCUCCGCAUCCGCUUCCGUUGAAAUUGUCACCGUUACAACCCUACUAUAGACAAUCAUCAACCAGUUUCUUAUUUCUAUUGAAUUCUAAUAAAACCGAACUGUAAAUUAAAAAAAAUAAACAACGAUUGGAAAUAAAUGUUUGCAUUUAAUGUUUUUCAAACUGGUUUUCUUAUACACAGAGUCACAAUAUGUGUGAUUAAAUGAAGAUUGUUUUUUUGUUACUUUGUAAAGGUUAUUUUAUGUUUGUGUUCAUGUCGUUUUUGUUACAAUACUUUGAAACAACUCGAAAUGUAAAAUGUUUUUUUUUCUUGAUGUUUUAGACAAAAUGUUAGAGACAAAUUGCUUUAUGGCUGUUAUAAAAAAUUUCGAUAAAACAUGUAAUUGCUGAAAUAGUAAUAAAACCUUUUCAAUGUCGCUUAAAUGUGUAUGUUUAAUUUUUUGGUAUAUAUUGAAUUUUUUAAAAUAAAAGUUGUAUUAAUGAAGUAAUGUUUGUGAGAAAAAUGACAUGUAUGAAGUUUGUAUGGUAGUUUACGAACUCUAGAUGUAGUUGUAUGUGUGUUGGGGUGAGGCAGAUGUGCGUUAGUGUAGUACAAAUAUAUUUCGCAAAAUUUA